AUGUAUGAGAGGAUCGAGAAGUUUAAAAGUGGCUGGACAAGCAUGAUGCAUGAAGAGGGAGCAGGACACCCAUCAACCUCCACCACUGACGAGAAGAUUCAGCAAGCUCGAGAGACGAUAAUGGUGAACCGGCGAAUAAUCAUCGAUGAGGUAGCUCGUUCUCUGCAAAUCAGACAUGGUUCUGCCUAUCAAAUUAUCCACGAUGAGCUCGGCUUCCAUAAAGUCUGUGCAAGAUGGGUGCCAAGAGAGCUUACCGUAGAGCACAAGCGCAAACGUCUUGGGGUCUGCCAACGUUCACUCAAUCGCUACAACAAAAAGGGCGAGGAAUUUUUGUGCAGAAUAGUCACAGGAGAUGAAACGUGGAUCCAUCAUUAUGAGGUAGAAUCCAAAAGACAGAGUAUGAAGUGGGAAAAUCCUGGUUUGCCAGCGACGAAGAAAUUCAAGACUCAGUUUCCGCGGGAAUGA